AUGGCGGCCCCGCGCCGCCCCGCGCGCGCCGUGCUCUUCCGGCGGGAGCGGACCGGCCUGACCUACCGCGCGCCGGCGCUGCUCCGCGUGGGCCCCGCGCGCGCGCUCCUGGCCUUCGCCGAGCAGCGACUCAGCCCCGACGACGCGCACGCGCACCGGCUGGUGCUGAGGAGGGGCGCGCUGGCCGCGGGCGCCGUGCGGUGGGGUCCGCUGCGCGUGCUGGAGACCGCCGUCCUGGACGAGCACCGGUCCAUGAACCCCUGCCCGGUGCUGGACGCGGGCUCGGGCACCGUCUUCCUCUUCUUCAUCGCCGUGCUGGGCCACACCCCCGAGGCCGUGCAGAUCGCCACCGGCAGGAACGCGGCUCGUCUCUGCUGCGUGACCAGCCGCGACGCGGGCCUCACCUGGGGCAGCGCGCGGGACCUCACGGAGGAGGCCAUUGGCCCCGCCCUGCGGGACUGGGCCACCUUUGCCGUGGGCCCAGGCCACGGGGUCCAGCUGCGCUCGGGCCGUCUGCUGGUGCCCGCUUAUACCUACCGCGUGGAUCGCCGGGAGUGUUUUGGCAAGAUCUGCCGGACCAGUCCUCACUCUUUUGCUUUCUACAGUGAUGACCACGGCCACACGUGGCACUGUGGAGGCCUUGUGCCUAAUCUGCGCUCGGGUGAAUGCCAGCUGGCGGCAGUGGACGGAGGCCUGCUCUACUGCAAUGCGCGGAGCCCCCUGGGCAGCCGCGUGCAGGCGCUCAGCAGGGACGAGGGCACCUCCUUCCUCCCUGGGGAGCUCGUGCCUACGCUGGCUGAGACCGCCCGGGGCUGCCAGGGCAGCAUCUUGGGCUUCCCGGCCCCAUCCCUCAGGACUCAGGGUGAGGGGUGGUGGCCGGCUGCCAGGAGCCCCCCUCACCCUCCCUGUCCCUCUCCUGGACUCCAGGACUCUCCCAGGGAGGGUGCUCAGGGCACUCUUGGGGGCUGGGUGCCCAGAGGACCCUUUUGCCACCCACAACCCUGGGGAGAUGCCACAAAGCAGCCGGGUCCAGAACCUGCGUGGGUCCCGCUGCAGUCCAUGCGCUCCACAUCCCCACCUCCGGGCCCCACGUGGCUGCUUUAUUCUCACCCUACAGGCCACAGAGCCAGGCUCCACAUGGGGAUUCGCCUGAGCCGGUCCCCACUGGACCUCCACAGCUGGACGGAGCCCUGGGUGAUCUACGAGGGCCCCAGUGGCUACUCCGACCUGGCAACCCUUGGGCCUGUUCCUGGGGCAGCCCUGGCAUUUGCCUGUCUGUUUGAGAGUGGGGCAAGGGCCUCCUAUGAGGACAUCUCUUUCUGCAUGUUCUCCCUGCGUGAAGUCCUGGAGAACGUGCCCACAGGUUCAGAGCCACCCAGUUACAAAGACAAGCCCUGGGGGCGCUGCAGCCCCUCCUGA